AUGGAGCGCCCUCUCAUCCUUCACCUGUGUUUGUGCCUGUCAUUUCUCACAGGUCUCUGCUGCGCCUUUAACCUGGACACACGUCACCCACGUCUGUUUCCUGGCCCAUCUGAAGCUGAGUUUGGAUUCAGUGUCUUACAGCAUAUUGGGGGUGGACGGCGAUGGAUGCUGGUGGGUGCUCCCUGGGAUGGGCCUUCAGGCAACCGGAGGGGAGACAUUUACCGCUGUCCAGUCGGGGGCACCCACAAUGCCCCGUGCAUAAAGGCUCGCUUAGGUGACUAUCCCUUGGGAAACUCAUCCCGCCCUGCUCUGAAUAUGCACCUGGGAAUGUCUCUACUAGAAAUGGAUGAUGGCGGGGGAUUCAUGGCCUGUGCUCCUCUCUGGUCUCGUGCCUGUGGCUCCUCUGUCUUCAGUUCUGGGAUUUGUGCCCAAGUUGAUGCUUCAUUCCGACCCCAAGGAAGCCUUGCACCAACUGCACAACGCUGUCCCACAUACAUGGAUGUGGUUAUUGUCCUGGACGGCUCCAACAGCAUCUACCCCUGGUCUGAAGUCCAGACCUUCCUCCGGAGACUGGUAGGGAGACUGUUUAUCGACCCAGAGCAGAUACAGGUGGGGCUGGUUCAAUAUGGGGAAAGACCCGUGCACGAGUGGUCCCUGGGAGAUUUCCGGACCAAGGACGAGGUGGUCAGGGCAGCGAGGAACCUGAGUCGGCGUGAGGGACGAGAAACCAAGACAGCACAGGCAGUGCUGGAGGCUUGCACAGAAGGGUUCAGUGAGUCCCGCGGGGGCCGACCAGAGGCUGCAAGGCUACUGGUGGUCGUUACUGAUGGAGAAUCACAUGAUGGAGAAGAGCUGCCUGCAGCACUGAGAGCCUGUGAGGCGGGAAGAGUGACACGCUUUGGGAUUGCCGUCUUGGGUCACUACCUCCGUCGGCAGCGAGACCCCAGCUCUUUCCUCCGUGAAAUCCGAACAAUUGCCAGUGACCCCGAUGAGCGGUUCUUCUUCAAUGUCACCGAUGAAGCAGCUCUGACAGACAUUGUGGAUGCCCUGGGAGACCGGAUUUUUGGCCUGGAGGGAUCCCAUGAAGAAAAUGAAAGCUCCUUUGGCCUGGAGAUGUCUCAGAUUGGUUUCUCCACUCAUCGGCUCAAGGAUGGGAUUCUCUUUGGCAUGGUAGGGGCCUAUGACUGGGGGGGCUCAGUGCUAUGGCUCGAAGGAGAGCAUCGCCUGUCCCCACCACCGACAGCUCUGGAAGAGGAAUUUCCUGCUGCUCUGCAGAACCAUGCAGCCUACCUGGGUUACUCAGUUUCCUCCAUGAUCUUGCGAGGGGGACGCCGCCUCUUCCUUGCUGGGGCUCCUCGUUUUGGACACCGAGGAAAGGUCAUCGCCUUCCAGCUAAAGAAAGAUGGAGCUGUACGGGUGGCCCAGAGCCUUGAAGGGGAGCAGAUCGGCUCCUACUUUGGCAGUGAACUCUGUCCCCUGGACACAGAUGGAGAUGAAGUCACGGAUGUCUUGCUGGUAGCUGCUCCCAUGUUCCUGGGACCCCAGAGCAAGGAGACAGGCCGUGUUUAUGUGUAUCUAGUGGGCCAGCAGCCCCUGCUGACCCUUCAGGGCAUACUUCAACCAGAGCCACCCCAGGACGCUCGCUUUGGUUUUGCCAUGGCCGCCCUUCCAGACCUCAACCAGGACGGCUUUGCGGAUGUAGCUGUGGGGGCGCCCCUGGAAGAUGGGCACCAUGGAGCUCUGUAUCUCUAUCAUGGCACCCAGAGAGGAGUGGGGGCUCAACCUGCCCAGCGGAUCGCAGCUGUGUCCAUGCCACAGACCCUCAGCUACUUCGGCCGCAGCGUGGAUGGCCGGCUGGACCUGGAUGGAGAUGAUCUGGUUGAUGUGGCUGUAGGUGCACAUGGGGCAGCCGUCCUGCUUAGCUCCCGGCCUAUUGUCCACCUGGCCCCUCUGCUGCGUGUGAACCCCUCAACUAUCAGCGUGGUCCAGCGAGACUGCAAGAUGCGGGGCCAGGAAGCAGUCUGUCUUUCUGCAGAGCUUUGCUUCCAGACGACAUCCAACACCCCAGGCCGCUGGGACCGGCGUUUCUAUGUGUGGUUCACAGCAUCGCUGGAUGAAUGGACAGCCGGGGCACGUGCAGCUUUUGAUGGCUCUGGCCAGAGGUUGUCUCCACGGAGGCUCCGGCUCAGUGUGGGAAAUGUUACCUGCGAGCAACUGAACUUCCACGUGUUGGAUACAUCCGACUACCUCCGGCCAGUAGCCUUGACUGUGACCUUUGCUCUGGAUAAUACCACCAAACCAGGGCCUGUGCUGAAUCAGGACUCCCCAAUGUUCAUCAGGAAGCUGGUCCCCUUUUCCAAGGACUGUGGCCCCGACAAUGAGUGUAUCACAGAUCUGGUUCUGCAUGCUUCUAUGGACAUCAAAGGCUCCAGAAAGGCCCCCUUUGUGGUCCGUGCUGGGCGGCAGAAGGUACUAGUGACAGCAACGCUGGAGAACAGGCAAGAAAAUGCCUACAACACCAGCCUGAGUGUCAGCUUCUCCAAAAACCUCCAUCUGACUAGUCUCAGCCUUCAGAGAGACGCUGGUGGUACAGUGAAGGUGGAAUGCAUGGCCCCAAACCCACAUGCCCGGCUCUGCAGUGUGGGGCAACCUGUCUUCCAGACUGGAGCCAAGGUGACCUUCCUGCUGGAGUUUGAGUUCAGCUGCUCGUCUAUCUUGCGCCAGGUCCUGGUGAGGCUGAGUGCCACCAGCAACAGCUCGGAGAAGAACGGGAGCCUGUGGGACAACACGGCUCAGACCUCGGCCUACAUCCUGUAUGAGCCUCACCUCUUGUUCUCCAGUGAGUCCACACUGCACCGCUAUGAAGUUCAGCCCUAUGGGAGCCUCCUGGUUGGUCCUGGCCCUGAGUUCAACACUGUGCUCAGGGUUCAGAAUCUGGGCUGUUAUGCUGUCCAUGGCCUUGUUGUCUCCGCUCUUCUUCCUGCUGUGGCCCAUGGGGGCAAUUAUUUCCUCUCACUCUCUCAAGUCAUUGCUCAAAAUGCCAGCUGCACAGUGCACAACUUGACCAGCCCCGUUAGACCCCCCAUUCAUCCAGAGGAGCUUCAGCACACAAACAGAUUGAAUGAGAGCAAUACUCAGUGUCAGGUCGUGCGCUGCCAGCUCGGACCUUUGGCAAAGGGGACCAACAUCUCUGUGGGACUGCUGAGAUUGGUUCACAAUGAGUUUUUCCGGAGGGCCAAAUUCAAGUCUCUGACGGUGGUCAGUACCUUUGAGCUGGGAGCCAAGGAAGGCAGUGUCCUGCAGAUGGCUGAAACUGCACGUUGGAGUGAGAACCUCUUGGAGGUGCUCCAGACCCAUCCUGUCUUCAUCUCACUGUGGAUCCUCCUUGGCAGUGCCUUGGGUGGACUUCUGCUACUCGCUCUCCUUGUCUUCUGCCUUUGGAGGCUUGGCUUCUUUGCCCGUAAGAAAAUUCCCGAAGAAGAAGAGAAAGUGGAGCAAUGA